GCUUCCCGAUGCCUCUUAACUCGAUUCGGGCGAAAAUACGCGGAGAGUUGGCGCCGUUUGCAUUGAUAGUUAUUAGAAAUUGAUCCGUGUUCUGCCUUUGUUCAGUUCAAUCAUUGAUCGGCGGUGGAGCGACCGACCGAGGCUCAGUGUUAGCAGCGCCGAUCUGGGAUCAGCACCGCGGACAGCGCCGCUCUGGGAUCAGCACCGCGGACAGCGCCGCUGGUUUCCUGCCUCUAUUUUGCUCUUUAUUUCUGCUUUCUUCAUCCUCACCGAGCAGCUCGGUGGCAGCAGGCGAAGGGAAACUUUUAAGGCGUCUGUGGAUCGCUGCUCCCGGACGUAGCUGCAACUUUUCUCAGGCAGCUUCGUGUUUUAUGCGGCUUUUGUCGAGCGGCCGCUGCGCUGCGGCUGCGGGGACUGAAGUUAGAACUGUGAGCGUUCAGGACCGCAGACAAAGUUUGAUUUAUGAUUCAGGAAGUUAUUCUUUUUUUAGAGGAUAUAUGUAGAGUAAUUGAAUUUUGACAGCGUUGCAGUGUUUUUUUUUUUUUUUUGAAUUGAGCCUUUAGGUUGUUGGAGCGGCGGCGGCAGAAUGCCUCUGAAUAAUGGCGUGGAGACUGUGGCAGAGGGAGCUAAACUCUGUGGCGUCUGAACUGGCCGGGCGGCAGGAGGAGAGCGAACAUUCCCACAAGCACCUGGUAGAGCUGAGCAGGGAGUUCAAGAGAAAUGUCCCUGAGGAGGUCCGGGAGAUGGUGGCACCUGUCCUCAAGAGUUUCCAGGCGCAGGUGGUAGCUCUGAACAAGCGCAGUAAGGAGGCAGAGUCUGCGUUCCUGGGAAUCUACAAACAGCUUAUUGAGGCCCCAGAUCCGGCUCCUGUGUUGGAGGCCUCCCACUCCCUAGAGGAAAGGCUGCAGAAGCUGCAGAGUUCGGCCCCAGGCAGCGAGGCCCUGGUGCGCGAGAUCAGCGGGCACUGGAAGAAACACCUGGAGAAGGGGUCCACAGAGGACGUUUCCACAGAUUCUACUCCUCCGGCCUCCCGGAUGACCCCUAACAGCACACCGGCCCCUGAGGCCCCUGCAUCUCCGCAGCAGAACCACCGGAACCAAACUGAGGACAAACGGGAGGAGGAAGAGGAGGAGGAGGAGGGCGCUGAUGUUAGCAUGGCUGACAGACUAUCAGAGGCCGAGGAGAAGAUCAAAGUUCUGCAUUCAUCUUUGAGUUCUGCACAGACUGAGCUGCUGGAGCUGCGGUGUAAAUACGACCAGGAGAUGGCAAACAAGAAAGCUGAAAUCGAUGCCAUCAUGGCGAAUCUAGAGAAAGCAAACCAGAGAGCAGAAAUGGCUCAGAGGGACGUAGAGCGGCUAAAGGAGCAGCUAGCCAGUGGGGCGACUGCAACGUCAGGAAGCUGCCAGCCAGCAGAGGGCGCCGUCUGGGACAAGAACGAGAAGAGCGAGGUGCUGUCAGCCCAGGUGGAGGCUGCCUUGCUGGCGAAGGACCGGGAAAUCCUUCGCCUUCUUGAAAACGUUCAGCGGCUUCAGUUCACGCUACAGGAAGCUCAGGAGGCUUCGUCCAAUCAGAUCCUAGAGCUGGAGCGCCAGCUGGCGUACAAGACGGAGGCCGUGGAGAGAUUAGAGGCUAAGCUGCAGUCCCAGAUGGACUAUGAGGAGAUUAAAACUGAGCUCAGUAUCCUGAAGGUUAUGAAGCUGGCUUCAGCAAACGGCAGCUCGUCUCAGGAUUCUGCCAAGGCUGCAGAGGCUCUUCUGUUAGAUAAAGAGGUCUUUCUUCCAUCUCAGAAGUUCAUGGGAGAUAAAAGCAGAAUAUUGCACAGUAAUGAUGAUGAGCCGUCUGAGGAUGCAGGCAGGGAGACCAUCCGGCCCCCCGGCUCCCAUUCUUCCUCCUCCCAGGCCGGGAGCCGGGCCUCCCCCAGCCCGGGUCCUCCUACCUUGGACGGUUCCUCCUCCGUCCUCGACCUCCCCCGUCCUUUCUCUGCGUCCCCGUGCUCCGCGGACAGAUUGUCAGCAGACCACCUCCUCCACAAGCAGCUCCUCUCCCCACACUUUAAAAAGGAGGGCCUCAUGGCUUUCCCCACCGCCCUCUAUGCAGCAAAAGUUGCACUGAUGUCAGCCUCCCAAGGGUCUGCGGGGGGCAGCGGCGUUGAAGCCGGGCUGCCCAGCGACCAGUCGGAAAGCGGCAGCUCGAGCGCAGGAGACGAGGACCAGCUGGACACGGCGGAGAUCGCCUUUCAGGUGAAGGAGCAGCUGCUGAAGCACAACAUCGGCCAGCGGGUGUUUGGCCACUACGUGCUGGGCCUCUCCCAGGGCUCGGUGAGCGAAAUCCUGGCUAGACCCAAACCCUGGAGGAAACUCACCGUGAAAGGAAAAGAACCUUUCAUCAAAAUGAAGCAAUUCCUCUCCGAUGAGCAGAACAUUCUGGCCCUUCGGACCAUUCAGGUCCGGCAGAGAGGGAGCAUCACUCCGCGCAUCCGAACUCCUGAAACUGGGUCAGACGACGCCAUUAGGAACAUCUUGGAGCAGGCCAAGAAGGAGAUCCAGUCUCAGAGGGGGGGUGAAGGCAAGUCAUCUCUGAACAACUCAUCUGGCAGAAUCAGUAACGGAGCAGGCAGCAGCUCUGAUGAAACUAUAAAGAACAUCCUGGAGCAGGCCAGGAGGGAGAUGGAGGCUCAGCAGCAGGCCCUAAUGGAGAUGGAGGCGUGCGGACGGUCCUCCACCUCCAGCUCAGGGGUUCAGGUUGAGCGCCUGGGGCCCCCUGAGCGCUCCAGGGUCCUGCCUUUGCCCAUCUCCAUCAAACAGGAGGAGGGGGGGUGCGUGGCGGUGUGCAUGGCCAGCUCCAUCAGCAGCCCCCAGACUCCGCUCAGCGUCCUCUCCCCCGCCGCUUUUGUCCAGAACAUCAUUCGUAAAGUCAAGUCGGAGAUCGGCGAGGCGGGGACUUACUUCGACCAGCACUGGUCCCAGGAACGGGGGGCCAUGAUACUGGGCUCCCGGCCCUUCAGUUCCGUCUCGCCUUCCUUGUCCUCUUCGUCCUCUGGGCCCCCCACCCUGCCACGGUCCUGGCCUCGCCUGGAGAACGGCGACGGCCUGGCCAACAGCGAGGAGGUGUCCAACGCGGACGACGAGCCGGGCUUGGGCCGGCCAGUGGAGGUGAAGGUUGAGUCGGACACCUCGGUGAGCGGCGAGUCGCCAGGGCCCGGUCCGGGGCGCCUGUCCUACUACCCGGCGUACAUCCCGCGGGCCCUGAAGCCCACCGUGCCGCCCCUGACCCCUGAGCAGUACGAGAUGUACAUGUACCGGGAGGUGGACACCAUCGAGUUGACCAGGCAGGUGAAGGAGAAGCUGGCGAAGAACGGCAUCUGUCAGAGGAUCUUUGGAGAAAAGGUGCUGGGCCUUUCUCAAGGCAGCGUCAGCGACAUGCUCUCACGCCCCAAACCCUGGAGCAAGCUGACCCAGAAAGGCAGGGAGCCCUUCAUCCGCAUGCAGCUGUGGUUACUGGAUCAGCUCGGCCAAAGCCUCAGCCAGACGCCGAACCAGGGCCAUGCUCAGGGUAAAAGUCCAGCCACAGCGCAGUCCUCUCCCUCCCCGCCUCCCAGUCCGGCCGAGAGCCACCCGAGUCCGCUAGCUGAGCCUGUCAGUCUCUCGCUAGAGAGCAGCAAAGAGAACCAGCAGCCUGACGGCCUGGCCUUGGGGCUGCCCAGCCACCCAGAGGGCGGGAAGUCUACCCCCAGUCUGAUGGGGCUGCAUCAGCCUACAACCCAGUUAGGGAUCCAGGAGCUUGUGGCGAUGUCUCCAGAGCUGGACACGUACAUCAUCACCAAGAAGGUCAAGGAGGUGCUAACCGACAACAACCUUGGCCAGCGUCUCUUUGGGGAGACCAUCCUGGGUCUAACUCAAGGUUCGGUGUCUGACCUGCUCUCCAGGCCUAAGCCUUGGCACAAACUCAGCCUCAAAGGCCGGGAACCUUUUGUUCGCAUGCAGCUCUGGCUCAAUGAUCCUCACAACGUGGAUAAGUUGAGAAUCAUGAAGAAGAUGGAGAAAAAAGCUUAUCUGAAGAGGCGCUACGGGCUGCUGAGCACCGGCUCCGACAGCGACUCCCCCAGCACUCGCUCCGAGUGUGUGAGCCCUGCCCUGGCCUCGCUGGACCUGUGUCCGUUCAGCCAGGUGAAGAAACCCCGCGUGGUGCUGGGAGCUGAGGAGAAGGAGGCCCUGAGGAGGGCAUACCUGCAGGAGCCCUACCCCUCCCAGAACACCAUCGAGAUGCUGGCGUCACAGCUCAACCUGAAAACCAACACAGUCAUCAACUGGUUCCACAACUACAGGUCCAGGAUGAGGCGUGAGGUGCUAAUGGGGGGGCUACCGGAUAACGACACAGAUGCUGACCCCAACAGCUACUCCCCCUCAGUAACCCGGAGCCCCGCCUCUGACGGCGAGGACAGGAAGCUGCCGCCACCCUCAGGACAAACCCACUCCGGCCUUCCUCUCAUCACUAACGUUGCACUGCCUCACGUCAAACAGGAGGAAACCUACAGGGAAGAGGAGAGCCUGGAUGGAAGGGGAGGCUCGCUGAAGGAAGUAGGAGUGCAGUGCUUCUCCGCAGCAGGCACAUUGUCUCCGUUAAAAAGCGAGCACGAUGACUCCAUCUCUGGCUGUCGGGAGCCCCCUCUGCCUGGCCAGAUCCUGGUGAAGGAAGAGGGAGCGAGCAGCCAGAAUCAGGGACUCCACCUCGGCGCGGCCUCCGCAGACGGGCCUCAGCGGGCCAACAAGUCCAGGUACGAGGGAGAAGAGCCUGGAAAGUCCCCCGUGGAUCCGGUCAGCUUCAAGGCUUCCUCUGAGCCCUGUCGCAGCAGCCUGGAGGUCUCCCUGAACUCGCCGUCUGCCGCGUCGUCGCCCGGCCUCAUGAUGUCCGUCUCUCCCGUUCCUUCCUCCUCCGCGCCCAUAUCGCCCUCGCCGCCCAGUCAGGCAACAAGCACCAACCAGAGCACGGAUUCUAACCCGCCCCCUCCGUUCCAAAGCCCCAAACUCAACAGAAGCACUCAGAGACGCAACGAGAAAAUGGCCAACCUCAAUAACAUCAUCCACAGGCUGGAGAGGGCCGCCAACCGAGAAGAGACCCUGGAGUGGGAGUUUUAAGGGCUCGACCAGAAGACCCGAGCGGAGCCUGGCUCCUCGAGGCGUUUCCUGCAGAGGGAAAAACAUCAAACUGAAUUUCCUACAAUAAUUUAAGAGUUAAAAAAAAAAAAGUUUAUAGAAAUGUAUUUGUUUUUGUUUUGUUUUGAUAAUGCAUACGACUUUGAAAUAUACGUGACAGCGCUAGCUGUUGUUUUACCUUAUCGACAUUAAGACUUUUGCAGCUAUGGUGUCAUUUAAUGUGCACUGAAGUUCUGAAGAUUGCCACUGGGUGAGAUUAAAAAAAAAAAGAGACCUCUGUCUUAAGCCAUUAAAAGCACUAUAACUAUUUGAAAAAAGACACUGACCAAAUUUGCUACUUUUUGAAUAGCAGUUUUUCCAAUUUUGUCUGUCAGACGGGACAGUUCAAGUCGAGUAAUGAGAAUACCAAUUACUGGCUGAGGGAUAGUCCUUUAAGACUCUAAAUAUUCCACAUCUUGUAUGUACUUAGUUUCCUGGUGAUAUGUUUUGAAAUCUUUGUAACUCACACGUAUGAAAUGUGGUUGUACAUGUUGUAGAUUUGUCUGCAAUAGCCUUCUCUGAAUCUGAUGUAGCAUGGUACUCACCUGACCCCGUUCUCCUCUGUAGUUAGUCACCUGUGAUUAUACUUGAGCAAAAACAGACAAAAAAAAAAGAGGUUAAACAACAAAUAGUUGAAAAGCCUGCAAAAAAUGAAAAAAAAUCUCAUGUUAACAAAGGAAUAUUUUAGGUGUUUUAUUUCCCUCUUUUUUUAUAUAAUAAUAAUAAUAAUAAUAAUGAUGCUACUUGAGGUUUACAGCUUAGGACCUUUUUGAGAAAGUGAAACCUUCGAUUCACACGAAGCCCAGUUUACACAGUUUCUUUCAGAGUUACCUCUUGGAUCCUCCAAAGGAGCGGUUCUCAGACUGAUACACGCCACACUGGGUUCACCUCCGAUUAGGUUCACACGCAUCGUGCCACGAUCACGCAUUUCAUACACAGAAACACGGACCACAAGUCGAGGCUGUAAAGGAGGAGUGCUCUGCAUCUGCCUCGAGCCCCUUCGUCCCUCCGCCCACCUGUACCUGUGCUUUUUACCUCAAUUCAACUCAGUUUAUUUCUAUAGCGCCAAUUCACAACACAUGUUGUCUCAAGGCACUUUACUGUUCCCCAGAUCAUCCAGUCAGAUUGAUUCAAAGCUUUUUAUCUAAGGAAAACCAGUUGACU